GAGUUGCGUGUCCUGAAUAUCCUUCCAUUCCCAUAGAGAUGUGAUUUUUCACUCUCCCCUGCCUGUUCACAUUGUGUUUGUUGUUCGCGAGCAUUUGGGGCAGAGUUUAAUAUUGCAGCGUCCUCAAUUGCUGAAGAAGAAAGAAAGGAAAGAAGGUUGUGCAGUGCAUUUCGUCUGGUCAUCUUCAAGCAGGACAAAGUGUUCGGGAAUCACUUGGGAUGCUGAGAGAGUGACAUGAAAAAUUGGUGUUUCUGUACAUUUUUUCCCAUCCGCAGUGCACGAAAUUGAAUAUUUACGCCUCAGUGCUUCUUGUCCAGUCACACAGACGCUCUGUGGGUUAUUUUGAGUGAAAAGAGCGAUUAUUAUAUGAAAUCAUACGGCCUAUGUGGAGGUAUUACAUGACAAAAGAGACCAACAAAUUGAGCGUUGAGCAUUGGACAUCAGAAUCUGCGUGGCAUACGCCUUUCUGUGUUGCCCCAUUUUGCCCAUGGCAUUCACUGGGACGCUGAGGCCUCGCGGCAGAGACGCAAAAGCCAGUCAUCAAAUUAAAUCAUCAUUUCGCCCAGUGCCACAAAGGGAAGUGUGAGGGAAUUUAUUGGUGAAGUGCGGCGACAAGCAAUAAGGGAUGUGGUGUCUUUUUUUGUGUCUGCCCCAUGUGCAAAAUGUCUAUGUCGAUAUAUGUGUGCUCAGUGUGGAAAAUGUAAGGAAUUUCUCCACAAUGUAUUGAUUCUCGGGUCACGACAAAAACACUGCUGCGUCUGCUGAGGUGCACAAGCAAUACUGCUCUGGCUGCAGAUAUAUUUUUCAAGUGAAGAGAGAGCGAGGAGGAGACUCAGAGUGGAGGAAAACACUGUGCUUUUGGUGAAGACCUGGGAAAAUCGAUAGAGUAAAAUAUAAAUGUGAAAAAGGGUAAGGAUAGCAGGACAUUCUUCUCCCCAACAAAGCUGCCACAGAGUAAAAGUAAAAGCUCCCAAAAUAGGCUUAACAGUGAACAGAGAGCAGAGUGCUUUUCCGCGUUCUAGAGAGACAAAGCAAGUGCGACGAGGGUGGAGGACUCUUGCCUCCUGCCAGUCCCUCCAAUCCGCAGAUCCACACCCUCUCGCGCUCUGUCACACCGCGAGGAGAGCUUAUGCAAUCAGCUAUGAUUUGAAAAUUCCACACUUUUGCUCCUCGUUUGCGCGUCUCGUCGCUGCAGAAACGGGUACAAAACAACGCAGAGCCACUAUUGACUGUGCGAGACAACAAAAGACAGAUCUUCCCACACCCCAAAACGUCUCCCACGUUUCCCCACCUGUGAAGACUUAAAGUCUCUAAUUGGGACAAAAGGACACUGCCAACAUUCACUCCUCCGAACGGCCCAAUUGCGAGGCAAAGAGACUAAUUGAUACCAUCCUCGAGAGUGCUAAUCUCUCAUAAUAAGCCCAUAUUAGUAGAGUCACGUAUUUAGGACACACAAACACACACACUGCAAUGGUUUUUGUGCAGAGUGAGGAAGUUGCUAAAAUUUGGCCAUUCCUCCUUCAAGGUGUGAUGGACACGUCAAUAUGUCCCACCAGCCAGCCGGACAUGGUGGAGGUGCUCCUGUGGACGACGUGCGCCGUCUUCGGCUUCGUCUACAUGAUGCUGGGCUACCGCUGUCUCAGGGCCAUCGGCUUCCUCACGGGCCUGGCCGCCGGCGCGGGAUGCGUCCUGUGGCUGCAGAGGCACAAAACCCUCCUCGGCAGUCCUGGCGAUUCAGCUCUCGCCGUGGCGGCUGGCCUCUGUGGAGCCAUGCUGGGCUCCACUCAUCCCGUGGCGUCUGCUCUGGUCAGUGCGAUUGCAGGAGCGAUAAUCGCCGGCGCCACAAUGGUCCUCUGCAUCGCCACGAUGCCCGAUCAUGAGUUUGGAGAGCGAGAGAUCGUCGUGGCCGUGUCAGGAGGUGCUGUAAUAUUCGCUGUGAUGACUCUCUGCUGUGCUAAGUUGAUCACAAUCGUCUCGUCCAGUGUCAUUGGCUCAACGAUGGUUCUGCUGUCCGUGGACUUCUUCCUGCACAGCCUCGAGACGGUGAAAUGGAUAGUGGCCAUCAAGCCCACAGCAAUGCCUCCGCCGCCGUGCUGGGGAGGCGUCAUCAUGUGCUCGUGGCCAGUGACUGCUCUGGUGGGUAUUCUGGCGCAGUGCUUCAUCACGGCGUGGCGACUGGAUCACAAGAAACGCCCUCAACCGUAUCGCAGACGCCUCGAGGCGCCCGUGACGGUGCGCGGGCUGCCGGAAGUGCCGGCAAACAGGCCGCCCAACCCCCAAGUUCGCCCCAGAGAGACUCGAGAGGAGGCCAGACAGAGGAAGUUCCGGUAUUUGUAUCACAUCCGCACCUCAAGAGGCGACAUCAUCUCACAGAAUUGCGCUUCCGCUCUGCAGAAGCACAUCCAGCCACACUCGGGAUCGUCGUCUGAGCACUCCACCCACAUGACACACCUUCCGGACCCUGUGGGCCUGGACUCGAAGUCCUGAGGCCACUGCUCAAAUAUCUACUACUAAGUCUCUGUACAUUCUCUCUUCACCGCACUCUCUUAGGAGACUCAGUCUCGCGCCCAGGAAGACGUAUUCAAAAUACAAGGAAGGAAAAUCUAAUCAAAUGCUAUAAAGUUAUAAACUAUAUGACAAAGGCCUGAAUAUCAAAUAUUCAGCUAUAUUUCUCUGUAGAUUCUCAUCAAUAAUAUGUAUUGUUAGGUGGAGGAGAAGAAAGCCAGUAGAAUUCAUUUUGAUUCAGAGACAAUAUCCAAGACAUUUGUUGACUCAUGAAAAGCUUCCAAAGACAUUAUAUCAAUGGAGUUCAAUGUAAUUAAAAGUAUAACUUAGACUGUAAGAAUUUAUGAAAUCGAGGGACAAAAAUAUCGGGGCGCUUCCGGAAGUAUCGCCGGACGCAACUUUGCGUGAUGGAAUCGUGAGAAAAAUCGUGUGACGACAAAAUUUGCUCAAAACUCUAUGUUGAGGAUUCAAUCAAAGUUUAUAUUAUGAAAGAAGCGUUCUUAUAUGUUGUAAUUUAUAUUUAAAUAAAGAAAUUCAAGUCAAA